CUGCCGCCGCCACAUUGGACCUUCUGCCUGUGUUCUUCCCGUCUGUUGUUGUCUAAGCGGGUUUCCAACACCUCUGGGCCUGCACUGUUAUCUCAAACCCAGGCCGAAAUGUCUUCACUGCUGAGGCCGUUUUCUGUGUGCGAGGGGCCGUGUGAGAGCUGCGGGGCCCGGCGAGGAUGCGCGAGCUCCGGUUCCCAUCAGCAGCAGCAGCAGCAGCAGCCCCCGUCCCCAUCCCAGCUCCUGGCCGCCACCGCCUCGGGGCUGGGCUCUCUGCCGCUUCACCAGCGGUCGUACGCGGCGAGGAGAAACCUGGCGGCCGCUGCGGUCGGAGGAAGGAAAAUCACGCAUCCCGGGAAGGCCAUCCUAGCAGGUGGAAUUGCAGGAGGAAUCGAGAUCUGUAUCACCUUCCCUACAGAGUAUGUGAAGACUCAGCUGCAGCUCGAUGAAAGAGCCAACCCACCACGAUACAGAGGGAUUGGUGACUGUGUGAAGCUGACAGUGCAAGACCACGGGCUAAGAGGGUUGUAUCGAGGUCUCAGCUCUUUGCUCUAUGGAUCUAUACCUAAGUCUGCAGUGAGAUUUGGCACUUUUGAGAUGCUCAGUAACCCCAUGCGUGAUGCCACCGGUCGGUUAGAUAACACGCGGAGCCUCUUGUGCGGUUUAGGAGCAGGAAUAGCAGAGGCCAUCGUGGUUGUCUGCCCAAUGGAAACGCUCAAGGUGAAGAUGAUCCACGACCAGUGUUCCCUCAGACCUCGAUACAGAGGUUUCUUUCAUGGUGUCAGUGAGAUUAUCAGAGAGCAAGGUGUAAGAGGGACGUAUCAAGGUCUGACAGCGACUGUCCUAAAACAAGGAACGAAUCAGGCGAUCCGAUUCUAUGUCAUGAAUGCGCUUCGUAAUUGGUAUAAAGGUGAUGACCCCAGAAAAGAAAUGCACCCAAUAGUUACAGCAAUGUUUGGAGCGACGGCAGGAGCUGCCAGUGUUUUUGGUAAUACUCCUCUUGAUGUGGUGAAAACAAGGAUGCAGGGUUUGGAGGCCCAUCGCUACAAAAACACAAUAGACUGUGCCUUCCAGAUCUUGAAGCAUGAAGGUCCACAGGCGUUCUACAAAGGGACGGUACCUCGGCUUGGUCGUGUGUGCUUGGAUGUUGCAAUAGUCUUUGUCAUCUACGAGGAGGUGGUCAAACUACUCAACGGUGUGUGGAAGACUCAAUAAACCGACCAGACAGCGAGGGAAGCACAGUUCAGUGCCUCAUGAUACAUACAACUGAAAACCUCUGAAGCUCUCUGCAUUGCCCCAUGAUGGAAACUUGACCAGCUGUCAACAUGAUGCUUAAAAUUAAUUAGCAGGACUUUACCCUAAACAAGGUGUUUAUGAUGGAAGAAGCGGCUUGUUCUGUAAUUUCUCCUCUUACUCUCUAAUGAUCGUACUUGGGGAGGAUAUUCAUUUCAUUUCGAAAGGAUGAAAAGCUCCGAUCGAAUGCAGUCGAUGAUGUGUAGAUGCAUUAAUUUAUGCAGUUGACCAAACUUUAGUUUAUUUAGAAAGUUACUAUUAACCAAAGGUUAAGAAAGAAACUUGAGUAGGUUUUUAAAAAGGGAUAUUAUGUACGUCUAAUGUUUUCGCUUUCUAUGACUUGUCAGCAUACAUGUUGUAGAGUGAACAUCACUGAAACCAUAAACGUGUCUUGAUUCACUGAGUACUUACUAUACUGAGCUACAAACAGAAUCCAUACUGGACACAGCUGAGCUCUGCAGUGCUACAUCUCGUCCGUGCGGUAUCUCAACACAUCUAGGUGUUGUAGUCACUUACAUGACCGUGCAUGUGGUGUCGUCACACUUGAGCAUUUACAGUAUUUCCUCGCUGUGUUCUUGGUGAUGAUUUUUAGAUGCUGUUCAUUGUGUAUUUUGUGGCCGCUGCUGACUACAGAGUAUGGCUGCAUGAACCUAGAUGUGGCAUCUUUCCUGUUACACACAGACAGUAAUCACAGGCUUAUUGCAGGCUACGUGAACUGGUCUGCAGUCAGAAUCUCUCCUGGUUCUUUGACUGAGCUAGUAUGAUCAAAGUUAUCAUUCAUUAAGCACAAUGUGUAGGAAAUAAAUCUAUAUAUAACAGUUUUCACAUGCAGAUGAGGAGGUUGUGAGCUCAUGGUUUUUGUUCGAAAAUGAGGAACGGCUUGUGGUUCAGUCCUCUGCAGCUGCAUGUGACAUUUUACAAGAUGUUUAAACCCAAAUAACUUGAGUUUGAUCUAUGAUACUUCUACCAACAGGUAAAUUUAAGAAGCGAGUUACUUCAGUCCAGAUUAAAAUACGUUAAUAUGUGACAUCUCCAAGCCAUAUGACUUUAGUGUUUUAUUUGCAUGUAAAGCAGUUUGUUCCGAUGUUCUGUCACUUUCAGAUUUUUUAAGUUUACCUCAGGCUAACUUGCUUCACAAUGUUUGAACGCUCACAGCCGACUGUUCUUUGAAUGCAACAUAUUUGUUUACAUUAUGAACCCCGACCUGGGAGGACUACGUCACAGGCUCAGUAAUGACACAGGUGACUCGUAUUAAAAGAGUGAGGCUUAACAUAGUGGCUUCGCACAACCUUGCACAGAAGCCUUUGAUGCGUUUAUGCCACUGUACUUUAGCAAAGUCUAAUCAUCCUCAAUAGUAGCAGAUCUUUAUUACACAGUAGCCCAAGAGUAACAUUGUUUAAAUUUUAUGUUUCCAUGAACU